AUGUCUCUCUUCCGUGAUCUGAUUCUCGCCAACCAACUCAAGGACCUCCAGUUGGAAGACGAAUCGAGCUCCGACGACGAGCCUGACAAGCUCGACAAGUUCGACAACAUUGGCGAGAACCAGCUCCCUGUUUGCACUGUCGUCCAGAAGACCCUCGAGAAGGACAAGUUUAACCCCGACGGAACGUACGCUCUGGCCGUUUCGUCCUAUGUCAUCUUUAAGAUUAAGAAGGUUAUGUUCAAGGCUGGAAAGAAAAUCUACAGCUCCGGAGCGCGUAAGCGCACCUGGGCGGAGAUGAACGGCAGGAACGAGGACGAGGACGUCGGCGGUCGCGACCUGCCCAAGCUCGUCAACCUCGUCAAGCCCGCGCUCCCCCUCUGGCCCGGAUCGCCUCGCGUCAUCAAGGGCGACAAGUGUGACGACGCCCAGUACUUCGCGCCAAUUCCGAAGAACAAGCGUCGCGCUCAGCGCAAGCCUGUCGACGCUUAG